AUGGGUCUCUUGCCGGUGCUCGUCUACUACGCCUCGGUCUCGCGAUCGGGCGGGCGGGCGCUCGCGGAGUACAAGAACCGCUCCUCCUCGCGCGACCUCGCGCCCGUCGUCGUGGAAUGCCUCGAGCAGAUGCCGCCACUCCACAGCCGAUUCACGCUCACCAUCAAGCGCCGGAUCUUCUCGUGCCUCAUGGAGGGCGCCUUCACGUACUGCUGCAUCGUGGACGAGGCGCUGGGCAAGAGCGACGCUUUCGCAUUCCUGGAAGCCAUGCGAGACGAAUUCGUCGCGUUUCUCGACUCGCGGGGCCUCCGCAGCGACGGCGAGGGAUUGGAGUCCUUCGCGUCGGCCAUCAACAAGGAAUUCGGCGCCACCAUCAAGGUUCUCACGUUGCCCCUCAUUGGAGUGCCGCAGAAGGAGAUCGAUAGCUUGAGAGCUCAGGCCAGUCCGCGCGGCUCGUCCGUACCACCGGCGGCGCCCUCCGUACCAUACCGCGCGGAUGAGGGCGCCGCGAUGACCGACCCGUUGUACAGCGGUAGCGAGCGGUCCGACGGCGGGCCCGAGAUGGGGAGGUCGGGUAGCCGAGCUGUCCGCUCGUCACGGCACAAGAGGAUGAAUGGAAACCUUCACCAGCAGCAGCAGCAGGAGCCCAUCCAAGUCCAGCAUUUGCUAGCGAAUGGUAUCGGAGGUGACGAGGAGGAUGGUGGCGAUGAUCGAGGUGGCCGGAUCGAGGUGGUGGUGGAUCAACCGGGUAACAGCAGCUUCAAUGUGACCGCUCCGGCUGGCAACGCGAGGAACAACGAGGCCGGCGACUUGUAUCCCCACAGCAAGAGCUUUAGCAUCCGGGAGGCCGAGAACAAAUGGUGGAGGACUGUCAAGUUGGUGCUGCUGGUGGACGUAGCGAUAAACGAGCACAGUGGAGAGAAAGAACAAAAACAAAAACGAGUUUUACCUGUCAAGGGAGCGAUGACGACGAACUUGUUUGUUAAGCUUGUCAUCAACUCGGUGGACGGGGCGAACGGAUGA